CCCUGUUGUAUUAUCACAAGGCGGAUGCUGUACACGAUGAGAGCUCUGAAGUGUUGGAGGAUUCCUGCCAUAUUUACGAUCCUACAGCAAAUUUGGAUUUUAGCAAUGGAAAUUCCUCCUGAGGUCAGACAACCUCCAAUGAUCAUUAAAGAGAGUGUUCAAGACCACAUAGUAGAUCCAGUUGACCCCAUUAUAGUGGAGUGUGAGGCAACCGGGAAUCCACCUCCAGUCUUCACAUGGACACGUGAUGGGGUUUACCUGAAUGUGGCACGGGAUCCUCAGGUCAGCAUGAGGAGGCGUUCUGGCACAUUAGAGAUUUUCUUCUGGGGUCGCCCUAAUGACUAUGAGGGAGUCUAUCAGUGCACGGCGACUAAUGAGUUUGGCUCUGCUCUGUCCAGUCACAUCCAUCUGCGUGUCUCCAAGGCCCGUACGUGGUUGAAGGAGUAUCUGGAGCCAGUAUCAGUGGUGGUUGGACUUCCUCUCAUCCUUCCCUGCAAUCCCCCAGUAGGCCCUCCAAAUCCUGACACCUACUGGCUGAACAGCACUAUGACACCAAUCCGACAGGAUCGUCGAGUAUCAAAGGCAGAGAAUGGAGAUCUGUUCUUCUCCAGUAUCGUAGCAGAAGACGCUCUUACGAACUAUGUCUGUGUCGCCCGCUUCCCCUUCACGAACACCAUCCAGCAGAAACCGCCCCUCAUCCUACAAGUGCUCACAGCUCGCAUGGCAGCCCAUACGCCACCCAAGUUUCUGAAGCCCAAAGGAACUGUCAGCACAAGAAUUGCGAUGCUAGGGGAAGAACUUAUUUUGGAGUGUUUUGCUGCUGGAGUUCCGACUCCCUCCAUAAAAUGGACUAAAGAUUGGGACGAGAUGUCUAUGACUGGAAAGAAGUUGGAGAAUUUCAAUAAGACGCUUCGAAUAAAGAAGAUCGCCAUGGAUGAUGGAGGAGAAUACAUCUGCACCGCUUCAAACAGGAUGGGCAGCCUGGACCACGUCAUCACUGUCCGGGUCAAAUCGGUUCCAUUCUGGGUGGAGAAGCCUGAGAGUCUGGUUCUGUCUCGUGAUGACAGCGGUAGUAUAGUGUGUAGAGCUGAUGGUAUUCCUCGACCCCAGAUACAGUGGCUGGUCAAUGGAGAGCCAAUCAGUGAUGCUCCUAAGAGUCCAGGCAGGCAGGUUUCAGAAGACACUUUGUUUUUCAGCGCCGUGGUUCCAGACAGCGCUGCUGUGUUCCAGUGCAAUGCUUCAAACCAGUUUGGCUAUAUCAUGGCAAACGCUUUCUUGGCCGUAAUGGAUAUGAAGCCUCGUCUGCUUGGUCUCAGAGAUGAACUGGUUAAAACAACAGAAGGCAAUAAUACUCAUUUAGACUGCCCGUAUUUUGGCUCUCCUAAGCCUGACCUGCGGUGGUCAAAAGGAGGACUAGGCACCUUAGAGGGAAAUCGUCACAUGAUUCUUCCAAAUGGUACAUUGGAAAUCAGUGACACAAAGCUACAAGAUCAGGGAACAUAUGUGUGUGUUGCAAGCAAUGUCAUUGGACGAGAUGAGAAGGAGGUCCAACUAGAGGUCAAAGAGCCCAUUAAAAUUGUUCGUGCCCCACGCAAUACUAUGGUCACAAGAGGGAGUCUGGCUCGCUUUGAUUGUAAGAUUAAAUUAGACCCGACUCUGGACGUUACCGUUACUUGGCUUAAGGACAAGAAGUUCUUGAUUUUAGGAAGAAGGAUGACAAAGGAUGAGGAUUCUCUGAGCAUUGCUGAUGUGUACAGAAGAGAUGAAGGCAUCUACACCUGCAGGGUUAAAAGUGAACUGGAGGAGGUCACUGCCUCGGCCAAACUCACUGUGACAGACCGGCCAGACCCGCCCAGUGAUUUAGAGAUAUCAGACCCAUCAGAGAGGAGCGUUAGACUCACCUGGAUUCCAGGACUGAGCAACCACAAUCCUAUCAAAGAGUACCAGGUUCAAUAUACUGAAGAUCUCCUUGCAGACUAUUGGCUGCUGCCGAGCGGCUGGAAGAACCUGACUAGUUACCCAGGCAACCUGAACUCUGUCGUUUUACAGCUAACUCCAUUCGUAGAGUACCGAUUCCGGGUCAUUGCUGUAAAUGGCAUAGGUCCCAGUAAACCCAGCUGGCCAUCUGCAUACUAUCAGACUGGAGGAGCUGUGCCUGAUGCCAUCCCAAGAAACAUCCAAGGAUUGGGAAGUGGAGUGUUCAGAAAUAACAUGGAAAUCAGCUGGGAGCCACUGGAGUACAGAGAAUGGAAUGGGCCGAAACUGGGCUACAUGGUUUGGUGGAGACGGAGGGAUUCGAGGGAGGAGUGGAAGAACUACACAACAUACUGGUGGUGUAGCUGCAUCAUCUAUGACACUGACACCUUCACGCCCUAUGAAAUUAAAGUUCAGGCCAUCAACUUCUUCGGCUAUGGCCCAGAAUCCCCCAUUGUGCUUGGUUACUCUGGGGAGGACCGUCCUGUUGCUGCUCCAUCUGAUCUGAGGGUGUCAGACAUUGAAAGCAUGACGCUGACAGUCCAUUGGGAACCAGUGGCACGAGCCGACAUCAUGGGUGAAAUAAAGGAGUACAAAGUUUAUUACUGGAGAGAGAGCAGUCGACUGCCCUGGCACACUGUGAGCAGGAGGAUUAAGACCAAGAGUUUUAAAGCUAAUGGACCGCGUCUGUCUGGGACCCUAUCUGGUCUUGUCCCGUAUAGUAACUACAGGAUUUAUAUUGUAGUGGCCAAUAACCGCUUUGAGGGUCCGCCCAGCCACACCAUUGAGUUUCAGACACUUGAAGGAGUGCCCACCAUUCCCAGGUCGUUCAGGAUCAUGCACCGGCACUAUGACACCAUUUACCUGGACUGGGAGGAACCUGCAGAACCCAAUGGCAUUCUGACUGGCUACAUUCUCAAAUAUCAGACGUUGAACAUCACUCUGGGGGACAGAAUCCAAGUGGAAUACAUUCCUCCUAACAUCACCUACUUCUCUCUGCACCGUUUGGACCGAUACACUCGAUACAAGUUCUCACUGGCAGCACAAACUGAAGUUGGAGUCGGGGAGGCGUUCACAGAGGAAUCACCCAAAUUUACUACUGAGGAAUAUACCCGGGAGCAAGUGGACAUUGUGACGCAGGGUUGGUUCAUUGGCUUAAUGUGUGCGGUUGCUCUUCUCGUUCUCAUCAUGCUCAUAGUCUUCUUCAUCAAGAGAAGCCGAGGAGGAAAGUACCCAGUGCGGGACAUGAAGGACUUUGCACUGGAGCCAAUGGAUGACAGAGAGAAUGGAACGUUCGAUUACAGGUCUCUUGAGAGGAUAUCACGAGUGUCCACCAUGCCCUAUAGCAGACGUGAGGAGGAAAGUCGACAGGGACGCAGUCAAGGUGUGAUCGAGCACAUUGACAGGAGAACGAACAGUGACGACAGCCUCAUGGAGUAUGGCGAGGGGGAAGAGAUCGAGUUUAAUGAGGAUGGCUCCUUCAUCGGAGAGUACACUGGUGUCAGUAAGAGGAACAUCGACAGGAGCCCGUACCAUGACAGCUCUGAGCCCACGUCUCCUGUGGCCAUCUACUCUUUUGCUUAGAGCCCAUGGUGUCUGAUUAAACCACCUUUUACACAGA